CCAAAGGUGAUUAAUCAGUCUUCGUUCAAAUCACUUCUUAUGUUGCUAGCUGGUAGAGUGAGGUAGAAAGGUUAUAUUCUGUUGCUUAUGAUUUGGGAAAUAGUAGAAAAGUAUGUAUAGAUGGUGUCCCAAGUUUUUCUUUCUCCUCUUGUUUGUUUCCUUUUUUUUUUUCUCAGAGCUACAAUCUUGUUGACCCUGAGUUCAGACUAGCUACUCUCCUACUGCUCUAUCUUACUAAGUAGGUUUUUGCUGUUAGAAAGCAGCACAAAGAGCUUUCUUCCCUGAUGGUCUGAAUUUGCUGUGCAUGGAGGGUCCUCUUCUCCACUUGGUACAACGGGGAACGGGUACUAGCUCCAGUUUUUCUUAGACUGAUAGCAUGAGCACUUGUCUGUCCAUUCCCCACUGCAUUUAACCCCCUUCUGCUACUGCAAUGAUUUGCUUAUUGCAGCAGCAGAGAAAUGUAGCAUUUGCUAUGUUUAGAAUGAGUUUACUGGGGACACCUUUGUCCCUUGGUGUAGCUGAAGCCAAGUGUAUAGGAAUGAAAACAUGAUUUGAGUGGUGUUUUUUUUUUCUCUGUGGAUCAUUUUUCAGCUGCUAUGUUUUCCAUGACUUUAAACAAAACCAGAAAAGAUGAAAUCUAUAUAUAUGUUUUUCUAGUGCUGAUUCCCUCCUCAAACAGAGCUUGGCAGAUAUAUUACAGAUGAGAUGCGGACAAGCAGUGACUUGAAACAUGACUGAGAAAUCCGGCCUCACUGUAGUCACUUCCAUGAUUUUAGAGUUGUGCCAGACAAGCCUAGAGACUGGCAUGGACAUGUUUUUUUAUAAAUUCAGUAGAAUUAAUUGUAGCUUAGAUUAUCUACUCUAGAUUUGGAAUUGGGAUUCCAAUUAUGAAAGCUUAUCUAUGGUAACUUAAACCCUAAAAAGAUUUAGUCAUCUACCUUUAAUUUACUACGUGAACUUUGACUUCCAUACUAAAUAAAGAGAUGGUGCUUCAAGAUUGUUUUCCUGGCUCAUACACAAGAAAUUCUUUACAAGUAGUGGAGUAUUUGCAGUUUCUUCUUCUCUUUGUGUUUUGCUGUCCACUAGAUGUACAUUGGUGGAAACUGCUGUCACUAAAAACACCUUACCUAUUGCACCCAAAAUAUAAUGCUUUUUGAGGUUGCUGCUCCCAUCAAUCUGCUCAGUAAAAAUAGCUCAUCUUGGUAAGUUGUUUCGACUUCACCAGGACCUGAAGAAGAGGCAGAAAAACCUGUGAAAACUAAGACUGUUUCUUCCAGUAAUGGAGGAGAAAGUUCGAGUCGCAGCGCAGAGAAACGGGCAGCUAAUGAAGAAGCUGAAGACUUCACCACAAAGCCUGCUCCUGCCAAAAUGUCCAAGUUUGGAUUUUCCAUAGGCAGUCAGACAACCAAGAAGGCAUCUGCAAUAUCCAUCAAACUGGGAGCAAAUAAGCCUAAAGAGCCUAUUCCAACCCUUGCUCCAAAAACCCUUUCCGUAGCAGCAGCUUUCAAUGAAGAUGAAGAUAGUGAACCUGAAGAAAUGCCUCCAGAAGCUAAGAUGCGCAUGAAGAAUAUUGGAAGGGAUACACCAACCUCAGCAGGACCAAAUUCCUUCAACAAAGGAAAGCAUGGGUUUUCUGACAACCAGAAGCUAUGGGAACGAAAUAUAAAAUCUCAUCUUGGAAAUGUCCAUGACCAAGAAAAUAACUAAAUGAUGUGGAUUGAGAGUUGGGUGUUUAGGGGGAGGGGAGGGUGUAAUGUUAAAGGAACAGUUUCCUUUUUUAAGAAUGUUAUAAGACUAUCUUUGGAGCCACUUUUUUAAGAGUUUGAGUGGUACACUAAUAAAUGAGUUUGAAAUUAGAGGUAAUUUAUGUUUUGUAUACAGAUUUCAAGGCCUUUGCUAAUUUUGUAGUUCCAUGUGAUUAGUUUCAAAAGGUUACAGAUAAUAAAGAAACUGGAGUGGUACCUUUUUAAGAUUUUUUUUAAUUUUUUUUAUUCUAUUUUUCUGGUUUUGGUCAAUGAGUAGUUAAGGUGGAUGAAAAAGGUUACUGUCUCUUUAAUCAGGUUAACAUUGAAUCCUUUUGCAUUCUCACUUCUGGCUCCCUCUUUAUAACAAGAGAAGCAGUUGACUCUGCAGUACUUCUAAAGAGAGUCAGCGUUGUCUUGUUGUAGAAGUGUUAGUGGACUAUUAAUUUGAAUAUAAACUUAUGCAGGAAAUAGAACCUGGAUUUUUUCCUCCCUGCAGUCACCUUUUGUUGUGUCUCUGCAAACUAGGAAUUAUGUUGCUCUGAGUGGCUCUGGUAACUAAGCUCUAAUUUUAAGACUUCAUGUAGGAUGUGUUACCUUCUGUGGCCUGUUUCAUCCUCAGGAUAUGGGUCUUGUCUGUAUAUUAGAUACAGUUUGUAAAGAAUAUUCACUACAAAGGUAAAUCAGUAUUUUCAGUGUGCUCCUCUUAAAUCGUUAGCCUCAAGUAGUACUUGUUAGCAUUUCAAUGUGGUACACAAAAGCCACCACCAAAAAGACAAGCUAAUGUACAUUAAGCUUCACGUUUGGUUGAAAUAUUUUUCUUUCUUUAAGAUGCCUAGAAGGAAUAAAAGCCACACCAAAAUCGGUAACUCACUGCUUAAGUAUGAAAAAAUGAAAAGAUGCACUUUCCCUGUCUUGCCAUUUGAAAAAAAAUGCCUUGAUGCUGGUGACCACAGUGGACACUAUCAGGUUAGAGAAGAUUACUGUAUUUGCAUUCCUAAAGCUUCUAACAAGAGUCAACUUCAGAACUGAAGCUCAGCCUUUUCCUACCCACCUGCCUUUUGUAGCAAUUGUCAACGAUGACAUUAGUUUGCUCAGUUUAAUUUCCUACCUGUCAUACUGCAGAAUGGUGCUGUAGGAUUUCAGACCUAAUAACAAGUGUAUAAAUUUCAGUCUAAUUUAGAUUGUAUAUUAAAACAUUUUACAAGCAGAACUAGUUAAACGGAAAGUUACCAACAGCAAUAACAACCCCUUCUCUCCAAACAAGCAUAUGGUUCUUUUUUAAUUCAAAUACCUGAUAGUGUCAGCUACUAAAUUAAUUCCAGCCUGGAACUGGUCAUGAAAUUCAAAAUGUUAAUUUCUUUCAUCCUCCCUUUAAAAACUUUCAUAAUGCUAAAGUUGAACCUGCGAGUGCAGAAAGGAAAAUGCAUCUUGAAGUGUAUUUUUUACUUUUAGUAUUAUUAUUUUAGGAAAGCUCUGACCAUUUAGACUUUUGAGUUUGUAAGUUCUAAAACAUAUUUUUUUGUAUUUUUGUAUUGUACGUGUAAUCUUUUUUCUUUUGAAGUCUGAUGCAGUUGAAUACCUGUAACUAUUUUCUUUUAAAGCCUUGUUAUAAACGUAACAUAAAAAUGUA